CUGGGCCCGGCUAACGAUGCCAAGUCAAAAGGAUCAGGAAUCCGAUGGACUGAGCGCGGUGGGGGCCAUGUCCCGCACCCAUCAGUACCGCAAGGUGAUGAAGCCACUGCUGGAGAGGAAGAGGAGGGCUCGCAUCAACCGCUGUCUGGAGGAGCUGAAGGACCUGCUCAAGGAGAUGACCUAUGUGGACGCCGAAACCUUGGUCAAACUGGAGAAGGCCGACAUCCUGGAGCUGACCGUUCACCAUCUUCACAGGCAGCGCUGCUCUGAGGCCACGCCCAUCGCCGCCCUCUCCGCCAGCCAACUGCAGCGACUUUCGAUGGAGCGGUACUGGUGCGGAUUUCGCCAGUGCGCCUUGGAAGUGUCCCGAUUUCUGCAACGUAACGAUUGCCAUCUCAGCGACAGGUUCCUCGAAGAGAUGGAGCAGCUGGUGCCCUCCAAGCCACGCCUCUGGAGACCUUGGUAG